AUGAUCGAGUUCCUGCUUAUGGUCAACAAGCAGGGGCAAACGAGGCUAAGCCAGUACUACAACAACCUCAGCGUGGAAGAGAAAACAAUCCUCGAGGGAGAACUCAUACGGAAAUGCUUGUCCCGAGUCGACUAUCAGUGCUCCUUCCUACAGUACAGAGAGUACAAAAUUAUUUAUAGAAGAUAUGCCAGCCUCUAUCUAAUCGUCGGAGUGACAAACCAAGACGUAAACGAAUUUGCCAUACUCGAAAUGAUCCAUAACAUUAUCGAAAUUUUAGAUAAGUACUACGAAAAUGUAUGCGAACUAGACAUCAUGUUUAACAUUGACAAAACGCAUUUUAUAAUUGACGAAAUCGUGUGCAACGGUGAAAUAUGCGACAUGAACAAGUCCAAUGUCCUCCGCCCAAUUCUGCUAAUGGAUAAAUUCUCUCCAAAAAUGUGA